CGAAAAAGAUCAAACCAAAGUGGACACUUUGAAAACACAAAAUCAAGUAUCUUUUCUGUGUAACAACCUAUUAUAAUACUCAUUGAGUUCCUGAUUUUUCAUUAAUUUUUCAAUUAAUAGCUUUAGACCAUUCAUUUUAUUCUUCAAUUUACCUGCAAAUAUUCCCAUUGCCGGCCUUUCUGUUCUUACAAACAAACAAAAAAACCAUUUUUUUCUUCAUAUAAAUUGGUUAUGGGAUGGAUAAAGCUACUGUUUUUAUGAUUUUUAAUCUGUUGGUAAAUAUGAUUAAAGCUGAAACUUGCACAUCCAUUGACAAGGGUCCUGUAAUCCCCACAACCCCUUUAGUGAUUUUUCUUGAAAGAGUUCAAGAAGCUGCUCUUCAAACUUAUGGCCAUAAAGGGUUUGACGCGAAACUGUUUGUUGAUAUGUCACUGAGACAGAAUCUUUCAGAAACAGUUGAAGCUUUUAAUAAGCUUCCAAAAACUGUGAAUGGUUCAAUAUCAGCAAAUAUAUUGGAUGGUUUUAUAGAUAAUUAUUUGGGUAGUCCUGAUGAGGAUUUGGUUUAUGUUGAACCUGUGGAUUAUGUGGCUGAGCCUGAAGGUUUUUUGCCAAAGGUGAAGAAUUUUGAGAUGAGGGCAUGGGCAUUAGAGGUGCAUUCAGUUUGGAAGAAUUUAAGUAGGAAAGUGGCUGAUCGUGUAUUUGAAAAGCCAGAGUUGUAUACUUUGCUUCCAUUGAAAAAUCCAGUUAUUAUACCGGGAUCGCGUUUUAAGGAGGUUUAUUACUGGGAUUCUUAUUGGAUAAUUAGGGGUUUGUUAGCAAGCAAUAUGUAUGAAACUGCAAAAGGGAUUGUGACUAAUCUGGUUUCUCUGAUAGAUCAAUUUGGUUAUGUUCUUAAUGGUGCAAGAGCGUACUACAAUAAUAGAAGUCAGCCUCCCGUCCUGGCCGCGAUGAUUGUUGACAUAUUCAAUCGGACAGGUGAUUUAGAUUUGGUUAGAAGAUCCCUUCCUGCUUUGCUCAAGGAGUAUCGUUUUUGGAAUUCAGGAAUACAUAAAGUGACUAUUCAGGAUGCUCAGGGAUCAAACCACUGCUUGAAUCGGUACUAUGCUAUGUGGAAUAAGCCCCGGCCAGAAUCGUCAACAAUUGACAGUAAAACAGCUUCCAAACUCCCAAAUAUCUGUGAAAAAAGGGAACUAUACCGCGAGCUGGCAUCAGCUGCUGAAAGUGGAUGGGAUUUCAGUUCAAGAUGGAUGAGGAACGAAUCUGAUCUCACAACGACUAGUACAACAUCAGUUCUACCAGUUGAUUUGAAUGCAUUCCUUUUGAAGAUGGAACUUGACAUAGCUUUUCUAGCAAAUCUUGUUGGAGAAAGUAACACGAUUACACAUUUCACGGAAGCUUCUCAAAAUAGACAAAAGGCCAUGAACUGUAUCUUUUGGAACGCAGAGAUGGGGCAAUGGCUUGAUUACUGGCUUGGAAACAGCAACACAACCGAGGAUAUUUAUAAAUGGGGAGAUUUGCACCAGAACAAGAAGUCAUUUGCUUCUAACUUCGUUCCUUUGUGGACUGAAAGUUUUAAUUCAGAUAAUAAUAUCACAACUCAGAAAGUAGUUCAAGGUCUCCGGACUUCGGGCUUGCUUCAACCUGCAGGGAUUGCAAUGACAUUGUCUAAUACUGGACAGCAAUGGGAUUUUCCAAAUGGUUGGGCCCCCCUUCAACACAUUAUCAUUGAAGGUCUCUCAAGGUCCGGACUAGAAGAUGCAAGAACCUUAGCUAAAGACAUUGCUGUUCGCUGGAUAAGAACUAACUAUGUGACUUACAAGAAAACGGGUGCUAUGUUUGAAAAAUAUGAUGUUACAGCAUGUGGAGCAUAUGGAGGUGGUGGCGAAUAUAUAGCCCAAACAGGUUUCGGAUGGUCAAAUGGUGUUGUUCUGGCACUUCUAGAGGAAUUUGGAUGGCCUGAAGACUUGAAGAUUGACUGCUAAAGAGCAAGCAGAGUAGCCAAAUCAAAUAUCAUUGAGUUUCAUUUUCUUCUGUUAAAAUAAGCAGCAGUGGUUUGCUGAUAGUUUAUGUUUGUUUAUUCAGUAGGUUUUUAUACCAUAUCAAGUGUUAUUUUCAGAAGGGAGCCUUGGAGUAACUGGUAAAGUUGCUGCCAUGUGACCAGGAGGUCACGGGUUAAAGCCUUGGAAACAGCCUCUGGCAGAAAUGCAAGGUAAGGCUGCGUACAACAGAUCCUUGUGGUCGGGCCCUUCCCCGGACCCUGCACAUAGCGGGAGCUUAAGUGCACCGGGCUGCCCUUUAUCAAGUGUUAUUUUCAUGAACUAUAUUGUUCGAAUUCUUCAAAAAUUGUCAACUGUGUAUUGGAUUUUGCAAAAGUAGUGCAUUUUUGGAGAAUCCGAUACGACUGUGUCAACAUUUUAUGAGAGUCCGAGCAACAUAAACCAUGUAUGAUCUAUACUUGUAAACAGCUUACUAUAUUAAGUGAAAAUAAGAUGAUUCCUCUACUUUAAUAAAUGAACUAUAAGUUAUUUUUA